AAGCGCACGACCUGGAAGGGCGGGAGGGGGUGAUUUUAAAUUUCCACCGUGCGCAUCGUCGACCUCUCGCGGCGCGCACGUGCGCCGCGGCCGGAGCGAUCGGCGGAGGGGAAAAAAAAAACGUCGGGAUUAUAUUCCCGUCCUGUCUUCGCCCUUAAUAGCCGCCUUCUAAUAGCCCCUUGUCCCGGCCGCCCACGCGAUCCGCGACGUGCGUUCCUCUAUCUUGACGCGCUCGCUUUUUAAAUAGAGACGCGAGGCACCUGUUCCAUUCGCGUUACGCGUGUCGUCGCGCACGCGAGAGAGGCGUUUGUAUCGCGGCUAAAAUCAGGAUUGGUUUAUUUGAUGCGCGCGUAACGCGAUCCGUCCGCUGUAUCGAUUUUGAAAGUUUUGCCGUUUCCGCGUAAUGGUGCUCCAGCAACCGCGCUCGAAUGUGUCGAAACGACAGAUGUCCAAGUGCGACCCCAACUCCUCUUUCUCUCUCUCUCUCUACACACUGAUGCGCUCUACGUUUUCUUCUCCUUUCCAGAUAGGACACUUUUCUGACUUAGAAAGCUUUGUGCAAUAGACGGAAAUGACUGCAGCCGCAACUGUAACACUAUUGCAAUAAAAUAUGCUGAAAUACUCAAGAGGCACGAGAAUAUUUACAAUACGCUGAAGACCUUGGAUAUUUGUCGGAACAAGGAAACUAAGUUACUGCCUACCAACAAUAGCACGCCCACGCUUGUCACCUGUUCAGUGAAUGUUGUGAUAAUAAUUUAAUGCCGUCGGGGGGAGGAGGUACCAUUGGACAGUCCGUGUUAAACGCAUGAUAUUGUAAACGAGACAGGCCACUCUACGACUCUAAAAAUACUCUAACUCCUAAUGAACAAAUCAGGAACAAGGACCUAUCGAAUUGACUGAACGCAUAUAAAUGUAUUUAAAAGGAGGAAGGAAUAAUUCUAACGACUCUAUUUUAUUAACAAUUAUUAACGGUCGGAAUACUCUACGAUAUAUAUUGAGAAGGACCUAGAGGUAAUUUCGAAAGGGCUUUACAAAUUUCUCAUCGAUACGCUUUGCGACCACGAGAGAAUUGCAAGUUUUUAUUUUAUAUCACACAGAUUUAUUUUUAAAACUUUAAGUGAUACAAUAUAUAAUUGAAGUUGAUUACCUCUCUCUCGGAGCCCAGCCAAUUGGCAAGUGUAUUUGGCAAGAGCUAACGAUCCAAAUUGCAUUGAAAAGAAAAAGUAUAUAGUAGAAUUAACGCGUGUAAAUAAUCAUUGACGUUGUAUUGUUGCGAGCUUGUGAGACAAAAUGUAUAAUAAUUAUUUUAAACGCUUAAGUCAGUGGUUGUACAUAACGUGUGAACAAGAAGGGCAAACAACGUAUUUGAAAUACUAUAUAGAUGGCAGGGGACACACUUGUUAACCCUCUUGAAUACAAGGGUUAAACGAUGGACAACAGUGGGUCCGGAGUGGUGCAAGUGUUUGUGGGCGAAUGGAGCCCCGAAUAUGAGGCGCUCUCCAUUAAAGCCACGAAACAAACCUCAUCAGCCGAGAUAGUGGAAUGUAUUAUCGAAAGACUCGGACUGGUUGACGCUUCUGUCUCGAAUGGCUACGAGUUGGCAGAAGUGGUAGGGAAUUCUGUCGGGCAGGAAUGUAAGGAAAGGAGACUCGGCCCCGCCGAGUGCCCCGUAGCACUCAUGUUACUGUGGCCGAAAAACGAUACUCAGCAAGAAUAUUACAGAUUUUACCUACGGAAGAAGCAACCGGAUUAUUUGUGGUCUGACAGUAGGUUUCCUAUGGAUCCUCAACUCCUGAAAGACUAUUUUAAUAGAUUCCUUUAUCAACCGCGUGACAAGGAAUACCCAGAUCUGUGUCAGCUCCCGGAUCUGAACGAGCAAACGCUACUGGAUAAUUUGAGGGCAAGGUUUCUGGCUGGCAACAUAUACACUUAUGUUGGCAGCAUCCUGAUCGCCCUGAAUCCAUUCAAAUUCUACCCUAUCUACAAUCCGAAAUAUGUGAAAUUGUAUCAGAACAGAAGAUUGGGUCCGGACAUACCUCCUCAUAUAUUUGCCAUAGCCGAUGCAGCUUACCAUUGUAUGCUUAAGGAGAAGAAGAAUCAGUGUAUCGUUAUUAGUGGUGAAAGCGGUUCUGGUAAAACUGAAUCAACGAAUUUUCUGUUGCAUCAUUUGACGGCGCUUAGUCAAAAGGGUUCGCAUGGCAGCGGUGUGGAACAGACGAUACUCAGCGCUGGACCUGUUCUAGAAGCGUUCGGCAACGCAAAAACGGCCCAUAAUAACAACAGCAGUCGCUUUGGGAAAUUUAUCCAGGUGAAUUACAAGGAAAAUGGAAUGGUCCACGGUGCUGUGGUUCAAAAAUAUCUUCUGGAGAAGUCGAGGAUCGUUUCUCAAGGACGAAAUGAGAGGAAUUAUCACGUGUUUUAUUAUCUAUUGGCUGGCGCGAACGAGCAAGAGAAGCAGCUGUUGCACUUGGAGAGCUGUGAUCGGUACAAUUACUUAAAUAAAAGCGGUUGCUAUGGACUGGAAAAUAUCGACGAGCGGCAUGAAUUCUCGAGAUUAAAACAAUCUAUGGAAAUGGUGGGCUUUACGGCGGAAAAGCAAAGGCGACUCUUCGCAGUUCUGUCGGCAGUCCUUCUGCUAGGUAAUGUUGAGUUUCAUCCGAGAAAAUCGUAUCACCAUCACGACGAAGCUGUAGGGGUUAAAAAUCCAGAAGUAGUUGCGUUGAUAUCGGAGCUUCUCCGAGUGAAACAAGAGACACUGUUGGCCGCACUCACUGCCAAACGUGCAAGAGCUUCCGGCGAGACUUUAGUCAUCAACUAUAGACUUCCCGAAGCGAUUGCGGCACGCGAUGCCAUGGCAAAGUGUCUGUAUGGAGCUUUAUUUGAUUGGAUUGUGCUGCAGGUGAAUCAUGCCCUGCUUUCUAAGAAGGAUACUCUCAGAGAUCAUCAAGGCAAUAGUAUAGGUGUAUUAGACAUAUUCGGCUUUGAAGAUUUCAAAACGUGCAACAGUUUCGAACAAUUGUGCAUCAAUUACGCGAAUGAACAGUUACAACAUUACUUUAACCAACAUGUUUUCCAAUACGAGCAACGAGAAUAUAGAAAGCAGGGAAUUAGAUGGACAGACAUAGGGUACAGCGACAACUCCGGAUGUCUCAAUCUCAUCGAGGGGAAACCGAACGGUCUCUUGUGUCUUCUUGAUGACCAGUGCAAUUUUCCCGGUGCGACGAACGAGACGUUGCUACAGAAAUUUAACACUGUGCACAAAGAGAAUCCGUUCUAUGAGGCGCCGCAGCGCCGAGAGGCGGCAUUUGUUGUACGCCAUUACGCCGGUGCGGUCAAGUACCAAGCUGCCAAUAUGAGAGAAAAGAAUCUGGACUUAAUGAGACCCGAUGGCGUAGUUGGAGUAUUGAAAAAUUCCUCCCUUGCCUUUGUGCGGGAGUUAGUCGGCGCUGAUCCAGUCGCCGUAUUCCGAUGGGCCAUAUUGCGGGCCUUCUUUCGCGCUCACUUUGCAUUUCAAGAAGCCGGUCGAGCGCACAGACACGGUAGAGUUGAUGGCAACAAGACGUCUGUGCAAAACAGGUACAGAACACCCAACGAAAAUUUAAUAAGUUCACACAAACAUACUCGCCCACCAAGUUAUCAGAAGCAGCGCAGCGUAUGUUUACCAUCGGCUACUCCUUCUGCUACAUUAUCCUCCAUACAAACCGAAAACAACGACAAUAUAAACAACAAUCGUCUAUCGUGGCCACAAUUUAGAAAUAUUAAUCAGACGCAACACCCGUCAAACGUUACCUCGACGAAGGGUGGUUACAUAUUACGGGGCAGGGAAGACCAGUCCCAUAGUAAUAAUAAAUUCAGACGAGAUAGUCACACACCGCUAGAGAGGGUGCUUCCAAAAGACGAAGCGAACGUCAUGGAACGCGCCAAUCAGAUUGUCAUGAAAAAUAAAUCGUUUCGGCCGAGGGAACGCGGUAAGAAAGGUCUAAAAAAUCUGCAGACUGUAAAGACACUCGCAGGAAGAACUCAGAGCUACGGUACUGGGCCGGGAAAGGCCAGAAAACAGCCUAUGACCGUUUCCGCGCAAUUUCAGCAGAGCCUGCACAGUUUGAUGGACACUCUGAAUCAGGCGAAUCCUUUCUUCAUCAGAUGUAUCAAGAGCAACGCUAAUAAAGUACCGAAUGAAUUUGACGAGGAAACGGUGCAACGACAGCUGCGCUACACAGGCAUGUUGGAGACUGUCAGAAUAAGGCAGGCCGGUUUCAACGUGCGAUUAACUUACGAGGAAUUUAUACAACUUUAUCGAAUGCUACUUCCCAAGGGUCUUCUGAGCUCGCAAUCCGACGUGAGGGACUUCCUACUGACACUCAACCUCAACAGAGAUAAUUAUCAGUUGGGUACUACCAAGGUCUUCCUCAGAGAGUCCGAAAAGAUCAAACUAGACAUUGAACUCCACCAGCAAAUCAUAACGAGUAUCACUACUAUACAGAAAUGGUUCCGCGCUUGUCUGGAAAGGAGGAAGUUCCUUAGAUUGAAAAAUGCCAUUGUACAAAUACAAUCUUUCUGGAGAAUGGUCUCAGCGCAACGGCUAGCCCAGGUUCUUCGUGCAAGAAUCGAAGCCGCAGUACAUAUACAAACUGCCUGGAGAGCGUACAAACAACAGAACUGGUUUAAAAAAUUGAAGUCGUGCGUAAUCACUUUCCAGGCAUACGUUAGAGGAAAUAAUGCCAGAAAGAGAUUUAACGAAUUGAAGAAGCGAAAAAGACUUUUGCCAGACAAAAUUCAAGAAGUCAAAAAAAUUCAAGAAUACAAGGAGCUUAUGUACGAUAAAGUGUGCGCCAAAGAUAGCGAUGAAUUUGCGGAGGAUCGAAGUCUGACAGAAUAUGGCGAAUUACCUCGCAAAGUAGAAUCUCAAAAUCGCCUCGCGUCAGCAAGGAGCGAUAAUGCAUAUCGAGACAGCACUUUGGAUACAAAUAUCUCGUACUCCAAACGAAAGCUGACUCCGAACAAACGAAUUUUGCGCGAAGCCACACCGUUGAAGAACACGGAAGCCUAUCAUUUCGACGAGAUGACAGAGCGUAAAAGUAGUCUCGAGAGUCUGACCAGCCUGAGGAGUUACGAAUCUCAAGCCAGCAUCAACAGUUCUGAAUCGCAAGAGAACUCCGGCUCGAGGCCGGUGCCGAGCACGAGGACAAAACGCGGCGAUCAUUCGCCGGCGGUCGCAUCGAAUGCAAGUCUAAUGAACGCGUCCAGUCGACUCUCCUCCGCGAGUAGAAGAACCGACAGUUCCUCGACGGGGUACAGUGACGGUGAGACCGAGAGCGAGACUCCGAGCGCCGUGCAAAGUGCCCCGCCUGUUUUCAAUACGAGCCCGCCGUACGUCAGUUCGCGUGACAUGAAGUAUCACCCCGCCAACGUAAAUCUGGCGCACAGUCCGAAUUCGGAUAUCUGGCGUCGCAGAGUGGAUUACUCGCCCGGCAAUUACAGCGACUACUUCAUGUCGGUACCUCAGAAAGCAACUAUUACCCGUUCUCCGAACGUUGCCCAUUACAAGAAUUUGACGGAUAGCGUUUUUGAGCAGGCCCGACAGGAGAAGCCUAACGAGGCAGCGAACUAUAAUGUCAAACUCGAUACGAGCGAUCGCUUCGUUCAGAUGGAAAGCUUGGCGAGCGGCAAGCAACAACGUGGGCUCAGUGACAACAACGUAGCUAAUGAGCGAAUGGAAAGUAUCCCGGUAUCGCCGGUAAAGCGAGAUCAAACCAAGCACGGAUCUACCAAGAAUAUCAAAGAUCUUGCUUACUUGCGGCGACAAAACUCGGAAGGAGAUACUACGAUGAAAAUCGUGGAUGUCAAUGACGACAGUACUUUGAAGAGCACUUUAUUGAGGGGAACGUCUCCAAAGGAAAAGAACUCGCGUUCGAAAGAGAAGUACGAACCGGACGUGCCGGUGAGAAACGCAAGACGAAAUAGACCUUCGAGGGAGGUUCAGUGUCGAUCUAUGGGCGAGAGCGUGGUCGGAGCUAACACGGAAACGCGAAAUCUGCUUCUCGGUACGAUUAAGGAAAGCGACUUGAAUAAAACGACAAACGUAUGGUCUCGGAAAGAUUAUCCGCACGAGACCACUUCUCGAUCCGUUACGGAUUGGCCCAUGAACAAGAAUGAAGCUACUUACAAGGUACAGCAGCCCGGUAAACGCAUGAGAUCCAACGCGAUCACGACUCUCGAGCUGCGAAGGCGAAACUCCGAUCCAGCUACGAAGAUCUCGGGUCUGAGCGAAGAUAAAAUGGGACAGGACACCAGCUCGAACGAUCUGAAACUCGCGCCUGGUAUGAAUCUUCUUGAAUGGAAAGGCAAUGUGUUUACUUUGGCCGGCCACCGUUUCCGAAAAGUGGCGAGAUUUGCGAAGGACGACGUAUGCGUGUGCUGCCACGAGAAAAUGGACGCGUUCGUGACGCAAGGCUACAAGUGCUCGGAAUGCAAGCAGCUGUAUCAUGUCAAGUGCAUUCAAAACGGCGGAGUACUGAAAAUGCCGUGCUUACUGGCCAACACGCCGAGCAGACGGAAAAACAGGAAACCACCGCGCACACCGUACGAUACUACGAAACAAACGGUCGCGUCCAAAUUCAGUUUAACCGGCACGUCAGCCUUCUCCGAUAGCACGGACAAGAUCAUUUCCGACGCCAAGGAGUUGGCGCUGAUGCAAGACUUCAUCACCAAGAAGAUCUACAAGAUGGAGAGUCAAGAGGAGGGACGAAAACCGAGCGAGGUGGAUCGCGUUUUCAAGCAGGCCCUUAGAAAAUUCAAGGACGACCUGGUGAUCACGUAUAGCGUCGCCAUACAGCAAGGCGUGGAGGGCAACAUCAAGUACACCGAUUUGAUCGCGAACUUUCUCCACGUUAUGGAAACUGUCUGCAAGCAAGAGAACACGAGGGAAGACUUUCCUGUAACGAUGGGCGUGAAUGCGUUCAGAGGCUUCAUGAAUGAAUUCAUGGCGAUGGUUAAAACUGAAGCUCCUGAAAAGCAGAGCAAAAGCAAACGGAAGAAGGAGAAGAAGCGGAAGCAGGAAGAGCCCAUACGACAUGGCAGUCACAUGUUUCAGUUGACCAUCAUCAACAUACCCACCGCUUGCGAAUUCUGCUCGUUUUUCUUCAUGUGGCCUAUUGAACGGGGACUCGUUUGCCAGAAUUGUAAACUAACAUGCCACAAAAAGUGCUACACGAAGGUGUCGACGGAGUGCGGCAAAGACGGUUCUCUGCCUGAAACGAAUUCGCGCAAAGUAUUCGGUGUACCACUGUACAAGUUGGACUGCGGUGACGGCAAAGUACCACUCGUGGUAGAUCGAUUGAUCACGACUAUCGAGAUGCACGGUCUCUAUACCGAGGGUAUAUACAGAAAGAGUGGUGUCAGUUCGAAGGUGAGAGAGCUCAAAAUGAAAAUGGACGGGGGCGACUUGGAGAAGGUGGAUUUCGAGAACUAUCAAGUGCACGUCCUAGCGGCGGUGCUCAAGAGUUUCUUCAGAGACAUGCCGGAGCCGCUCUUGACUUACGAAUAUUACGACGACUUCCUGCACGCGGCCAACUUGACGGAUCCGCACGAUCGAAUCAGCACGCUCUUCGCCAUACUGAAGAAAUUGCCGAAACCCAAUUACGAUCUGAUGGAACGCCUGAUUGUCCACCUGGCGCGAGUAGCGCGACACGAGGUGGACAAUAGAAUGUCGCCAUCGGCUCUGGCCAUCGUUUUCGCACCGUGCAUCCUCAGAACGAACAGGACAUUGCCCGCGCAGGAUUCUCUCCAAGACGUGGGCAGGCAGACGCGCUGCGUCGAAACGAUCGUGCAGGAGAAGUUAAGAGUAGUCAGAGCGACGCUAGCGGACAUAAAUACUCUCGAGUCAGCCUGUCACACGGCGACUCACCGACUCUCCAGUUUGCGAUCGUCCAAGAUCUUCAGCCCGGAAGAGUUGAACGUGGCCGCCUCGAGCGCUGCGGGACGGGCAGCCGCGAUGGAUCGCGACAGGGAUCGAGGGGAUGAGGAGGAAGCGCUACUCGUCGACCAUAUACAAGAGAUUCAGAAGGAAAAGGCCCUCUUGACGUCUACUCUACCCAGUUUAACGAGGGCCUCCUCGGACGACGAUCUCCUCUUGUCAGCCACGGAUCUGGACGACGGGUCCCUCGACGAUCUUCUCCCAUCUUCUGCUGACGGACUCGUAAGGAAGAAGCCCGUUCAAAGGCAAAGUUCAGCAGACAAUUCGUUUCCGACGAUUAUCAAUAUGGACGACGACAUGGUAAUGGUAUGAAUAACGUCCGCGAAUAAUGCGCAUUUCGAAUGCAAUCAAUAGCAAUCCGAUAGGUGAUGCGAAAUAUCGUAUUUCGUAUUUCGGCAGAGAAUCGACAACUUUAAUUGCUGGUCUUUUCAGCCGUUUAUUAAUGUGUUGAGACGUAGUAGUGAACGCAUUACAAAUAGCUCUCGUAAUUUGUUGACUCCAUAAAAAAAAAAAGUUUAAUCGUGCGACUGAAAUAAUUCCAUUCUCUUAUCGAAGUAGAGAGGUAUCUGAAACUAUUUCGUACAAUGUAUUAGGAAGAAAACUGCACAAAUUUUAACUUACGA